UUCCUUAUUCGCGUUCUGGGGAGCUCUUAACAGCUGUUCGACACAGUCGCGGUUUGAUAGGGGGGCUUCUAUCAUCGGGUUAUUUAGCUCAUAGUCAAGUCAAGACAAGUCUCAACCCAGGCAACUCUUCGUAAUCAUUGAUAGUUUAAUUAUUCUUCUCAAGCGAUAAGCUCCCAACACGAGCCAAUUCAGACGCUUACUCGCCAUUUAUUUGUACAUCUGUUCGGGGUCUGUGUAUAUAUGUACAUAUAUACAUACAUUGUCGAUUUUAUAUGUAGAGUUCGAAGAGCUUUUGGCGUUGUCAUAGCGGCGUAGCUUAAAUUCUCUUCAAGCGAGUAAUUCGCGAAACGGGAGAAACAAUAAUAACAGAUGAAUAUUCGGCAACCAAAUCAUUUUGUUAAACACCAUUUGAAUAUUAAUUCCUUCGGACUUCUGAAGACUGGACGGAACUCUUUAGAAGAGAAUAUUUUAAACAACUCAGAAAUCUACAUGCGCAGUAUUUAAGUUACAGUAACUUUUUUUUUUGUUCAAUGUGCGGUGAGACACCUAACGAGCAAGGACGAUGUUGAUUCAUUUCUUGAUAUUUAUACACAAAUGCGAUAAAAGCGAUUCAUAAAGUGCUGUGUGAUUAAAACAUUACAUCAGUUGAAUUAGAGGAAUAUUUUGUUUAGUAGUUCUUGGUAUUCCGAUUCUCAAAUUAGGACGGAAAAUGUGUCUUAGGGUUUUGUAUGAGAAAAUAAUGUGCUGUUGUCCCAAGGCGAAAAAGGGAGGUUUAAAUGAGGCCUCAUUUUACGAAUAUGCAGAUGAUGUGCCAAAAUAUAGGAACGAUCAACUUGGGGAAUUGAGCGAAGGGAUUAGUUUCACCGUAACCGGAAAUCUCUCAGUAAACUGCGAGAGGUUUUCCAUCAAUCUAGUUUAUAAUAAUGAUUCGCGAGAUGUGGCGCUCCACAUUAAUCCACGGUUGCCACAAAACUAUAUUGUUCGCAACACCAAAGUACAGGACAUUUGGGGAAACGAGGAAGUGUCCUCGGCAUUGCCGUUUCUUUUAAGUCGGGGCGACGAGUUUUCUAUUCAAGUACUAGUUACUGAAGCAUGCUAUAUGAUAUCGGUAAACGGACAACACUUUGCGGCGUACACUCAUCGAAUCCCUUAUGGGGAUGUCCGCAUUCUGGAGGUGAAAGGAGAUGUUAGUAACGUGGAAAUGAUGCGAUCUUUAGUCUUAAAGUAUCCUCAACGAUUACCACAGUCGGAGGCUAAUAACAUUGAGCUCCACAUAGAUGAUGAGAUUAAUGAAAUUGACGCCAGCGUUGAGGAGACUGUUAAAAUACCCCAUGAGUGGUGCCUUAUUAGCGCCCCGAACACUCAGUCGGAUAGUUCGCCAAAGAGUAACUACAGUGCGAAUGAUCUUGGCCUUACUUUGCCUUAUUAUGGAGCACUGCCACCAAACUCGUUGAUCGAAGGUCGAUGCCUGAAGAUUGAAGGACGAGUGCGAUUGCUUCCACACUCAUUUUACAUAAAUCUGCAACAGGGGCAGGACAUAUGGCCACAUCCAAUAAUAGCAUUCCACUUAAACCCACGUUUUUCAAAAGCGAGCAGUGGCGCCAUUGGAAAGGCGGUGGUGUGUAGAAAUGCCUGGCUUAAUGGAGCUUGGGCACAAGAGGAGCGUUCGGAGUUUGACACAAACUUUCGCCCUGGUCGAUCUUUUUGUUUAGCCAUUGUUUGUACCAAAACAUCCUUUGAAGUGUAUGUCAAUCGUCAGUUUAUGACUGAUUUUAAAUAUAAGGUUAGCCCAGCGGUGGUUGACACCGUCUACAUACAAGGAGAUCUUAAGCUUUGGAAUGUAACGCUGGAAAAAAAUCACAUUAUUAAGGGCAAGAAUGUCCGAGUCUAUCAGAAUCCAUUGUACUCUAGUGAGUAGUAGCUGUUUGUGGCGAGGCCUUUUGGUUAUACUUUUUUGUUUAGUAAUUGAGCGACAAUAAAAAAGUGAUACGCUUUUUAAUUACAGAAAAUUUGUGUUAACAAAUAAAAUUAUGGGAACAUCACCCG